AUGAGGUCUAAAACACAUUUAUUAUCAUUUUUCCACUUAUAUGAACAAAUAGCAGAAAUACAACACAAUUCCAAUGAACUAAUGAGUGAAAAGGACAAGUACAAGGAUGCACAAGUGCAAACAGCAUUUUAUCCAAACGGCACAAGUGCAAUAAAUAAAAACAUCCAUAAAACAAAGGAAAUAAAAAAAUGUAUGAAUAAGAAAGUAAUUGACACUAUCAAUACAACAUCAAAAGUAGAAACUCGAAGUGCACAAACUAUUGAUGUCUACAAAUCAGUUCAAGUGCAAACUAAAUUGUGUGAUGUUGGCAGUAACACUAUGAGUGAAAAAGCCACCAACACCAAUCAGUCAGUUUCUCAUUCGUCCGUACGGUUUAAAAACAAGCCCUAUGCAGCUCUAGAGUAUGAUGAUAUAAACAGUUUUAAGUGCUCAACUAUAAGGUUCACAAACAAUUGUUUAACAAAAUUCAAAGAUUGA